CUAUUGCUUCAACAUAUCUUUCAUCGAUUAUUAAAGGAAUUAUUUUUGAACUAAAAAAUUGUCGUUUGUAUGGUUUGGAAGAUCUAUUUUACAGACAUGGGGUCGACAUUCAAUUCUGGGCUCACGAACACAUAUACGCAAGACUUUGGCCCAUAUAUAACAACACUGUAUUCAAUGACACUCAAUCAGAUCCCUAUACCAAUCCAAAAGCACCUGUACAUAUCAUUUCUGGAUCUGCUUGUAAUGACUGUAUUAAAUAAAACUCACGUCAAUAUCAAGCAAAUAUCUGACGAUAAGAAAGGGAAAGUAGUGGACGAUUUGACAGUCAUAAAAGAUGUCCCUGGACCACCCAAUUGGAUUUAAUCGGAAAACUAAACGGAAAUUUAAAUAACUGUACCAGACGCUUUAAUUCAAUAAACAAUUUAAUGAAUAAUUCUUAACAAAAA